CCGGAUCAAAAUACUGACAAUAACAAAAAAUAAUAAAAAUAAAGACAGAAUUCAAUUUCAAAUAUUGAGUAAAGUAAAUCUCUGUCAAUGUGAAUAAAGAAAGUCAAACAACUCAAAAUUGUGGACUUUUUAAAUAAAGAUUAAAAAGAUUUAGAAAAUUGACUUAAAUUUGUGAAAAAUAAUUUCAAACAAAUUAAAAAAAUACAAAUUAAAUUUCACUAAAAUUUUAUAUGAAAAAAUAUUUUAAAAUUAUUUAAUAACUUUGAAAAAGCUUUAACGGAAAUUGAUACUUCAAGGAAAUUGAAACCUGAAGAAAAUGCCUGAGCAAAUCAGUAAAAUUUUCGGCGGUGAAAUUACCAAAGACUUAAUUUCGGAUACGGCUACACCAUUUUGCAAAUGUAGCAAACGAAUGCUGGAUCGACGUUUAUCCACAAACGAUGUCAUCAAGAGUAGUUGUACUUGCGGCGAAGAACACAACGAGAAAAUUUGGAAUUGGGAUGUCACAAAAGAGCGUUCCGACGUGCUCCUGCAAAACGACAACGUAUUAACUUUCCAUCCGAUUUACAGCCAGGGAACAGCAGUUGUGAAGGGCGAUGCUCCGUUAGAAUUGGGAAAACAACACUAUUGGGAAGUGAAAAUCAUGAGCUUUUUAACGGGAACGGAUUUUAUGAUCGGAGUUGGCACAGAUAAAGUAAACAUUGACUCCCAUCAUUAUCAAUUUACGAGUUUUCUCGGAAAUGACGACCAAUCGUGGGGAUUUUCGUAUCGGGGACUCAUUCAACACAAUCACCGUGUCAAGUAUUAUGGGCAGAAGUAUUCACGAGGCGUGAUUGUUGGAGUGCAUUUAGAUCUCGAAGGACCUAUGGGAAUAAUAGAGUUUUACUUGAAUCGUCGCCCACAGGGCAAGGCUUACUUAAAUAUUCCAAUAGAUCAAAAUACGAAAAUUUAUCCCAUGGCUUGCUCAACAUCGGCAAAAACCUCAAUUAAACUCAUUAACUCGACGAGUGUCAAGAAGAAUUUGCAAUAUCAUUGCAUGGAAACUAUUGCUAAAAAUCCGGAAAUGUUAGAGCUUGUAAAAUCGAUUCCCGGAUUCAAACGUCUUUCGCAUGAACUGUGGUUCUUGCAAUGCAAACAACGUUACCAAUAUCACUCGGAUUUCGAGAAGAACAAUCUUAUGCUUGAAGAUGAGGCAAUUCUGAGUUCCAAGAAGAAAAAGUUCAUCGAAGAGACUGACAGUGCGUAUGACGACUCUUCGUUGGAUUCACUUGAAGAUCUGUACAAGAAUGCGCACCGAAUUAAGCAUUUCAAGCGUGCCAUCAACACAACAACAGCUGAACGAAGCAAAAGUGAUACGAGUGACGACAGUGAAAUCGACGAAACACCUUUAAUAUUUUUCUGUAAUCAUUAUUGAUGGUUUGUAGCGCCAUCAUGUGAGCUGUGAUGCAUUUACACAAUUAUUCGUACCGAUGUACUUGACUUAAAAAUUAGAACAGAAUAGUUUUUCUGAAAACUAAUUAAUGUUAAGAGUUUUUUUUUUAAUUUUUCAAUUCUGAGAUCACUGACUGACAUAAUAUUAAUUGUUUCAAUUUGUAGAAAUAAACUAACAAUUAUUUAACAAAACAAAUAUUUUUAAUAAAUAUAAAUAAAUAACUA